AUGAGCGCUUCCUCCCUCGUCGCUCGCAGAGCGUUUGCCCGGAACCCCUUGAUGGGAAAUGCCCGGGCCCUCUCGCGAGGUGUUACUCCUGCCAUUCUUGGUCGCCACGUCAGUCGGCAUGCCCAAAUCCCCGCCAUCUCUCUAUUGAUCCCGCGGUCAAUGAGUACCGAUCAUCACCGACCCGAUCCCUCCAGCUCUGGCCCACCCCCGGGCUUCAAUGCCGAGCAGGCUAAGAAACCGCUCCCCAAGGAGUCCGCUGGUUCCAUCGUCGCCAAAAAGGAGGACAAGAAGCUUGAAAAGAAAGUCAACGGUACCCAAGUUCUAAAACCUGCCGAUGCUGCCGCCAGUCCCGAUGCCAUCGCCCAAGAAGUCGUUGGCACCAAUGAGGGUAUCAUGGAGAAGUCUGAUGCCGCUCAAAAGGCAAAGGAGGAAAAGAAGCUCACCCUUUGGGAGAAGGUCAAGAAGGAGGCUCACCACUACUGGGAUGGAUCCAAGCUCCUCGUUGCUGAGGUCAAGAUCAGUUGGCGACUAGCACUCAAGAUGGCCGCCGGAUACGAGCUCACCCGUCGCGAGAACAAGCAGCUACAGCGAACGGUCCAGGAUCUCGGUCGAUUAGUGCCUUUCUCCGUCUUCAUUAUCGUUCCUCUGGGUGAGGCACUUCUGCCCCUUGCCCUCAAGCUCUUCCCCAACAUGCUCCCCAGCACAUUCGAGGGACAAAAGUCAAGGGAAGCCAAGGCUACUGUCCUACGAUCAACACGCAAGGAGGUCAGCGAAUUCUUGAGACAAACACUUGGCGAGGGUCUGCCACUAAGCCAGGCCACAACACAAAAGGAGGAGUUCUCCAACUUCUUCCGCAAGGUGCGCGCAACAGGCGAGACACCUACUGCCCAGGACGUUAUCAAGAUCUGCAAAGCCUUCCGUGAUGAUCUGACACUCGACAACCUGUCACGACCCCAGCUUGUGUCCAUGUGCAAAUACAUGAACCUCAGCACAUUCGGAACCGACAUGAUGCUUCGAUACCAGAUCCGUCACCGCAUGCGUCAAAUCAAGCGUGACGACAAGGCCAUCAGCUACGAGGGUGUUGACAGCUUGACUGUUGCCGAACUCCAGGCCGCUUGUGCUGCCCGUGGUAUCCGAACACACAGUGUUUCUCCUGCCCGCAUGCGCAAUGACCUCCAGGCUUGGCUCGAUCUCCGCCUUAAGGAGGGCGUUCCUUCAACACUUCUUGUCCUGAGCAACGCCUAUAUGUAUGGUCAAGGCUCAGGUGAGGGUUCCGGUCAAGUUGAGGCUCUUAUCGGUGUCAUGUCUGCUAUUCCCGAGGAGCUGUACCACGAGAUCGAACUCGAGGUUCACAGUGCUGAGGGUGCUGCCACUAACAAGCAGCGACUCGAGGUUAUCCGUGAGCAGCAAGAACUCAUCGAGGAUGAGGCAGAGCAGGAUCAAGCUAGUCAAAGCUCCGGUUUCGCCACUCCUCGUGACACAGAUGAUAUCGAUGAGAAGGAGGAGAGACUUGCUCAAGCUCAGGCUGAGGGUCUUGGGCGAAAGCAGGUUAGCGAAAUGGUUGAGGCCGAGACUGAGUUGGCCAAGGCCGCCGAGUCUGCCAGAUCACUAGAGCAGGAGAUCCAGGCCAGCUCUGGUUCAUCUAAGGAGCAGAAGUAG